AUGAUAGAAAUAUGUUAAGUUUAUUUAUGUGCAUUUAUUAUGGAAAAAUGAAAUAUGGAAGUAUCCUGCUUUAAGUUUAUAAAAAUAUAUGUAAUUUUAAGCAUAUAUUUUAUAUAUUGUGUUUAUGGCGAUAAUACAACAAAUAAUAAUAAAGAUAGUUGUGAAGAAUCACAAUGUUUAAAAUGUGGUCCAGCUGGCUGUAUGAAAUGUCCACAGUUAAUUGUAUUUGCAACCAGACAAUGUGUAGAAAAAUGCCCGUUUGGUUAUUCAACACAAUGGAGUCGUUUAGUUGAUUAUAUGGGACAAGUUUGUUUCAAUACAGGCCAUAUAUGGGGUAUAUCUGGUGAAACAUUCGCAAUAUUAACUGGAAUUGUACUUGGUGCUAUACUAUGUGUCUUUAUAAUAAUUGGCGGUUUAAUUUAUAUGCGAUAUCGUAAGCGAACUAUCAUACAAUCAACAUUAUCCGCAGCGGAAAAAUUUAACGAGGAUACCCAAGAAAGACGUGAUUUUUUAAAACAAUUAGAAUUACUACGACCUCAUGCAUAUACAUUUUUAGAUAUGUUAAACGACACACGACGACAAAUCCGUGAACUAUACAAUCGUAACGAUCAUGCAGGUGUAGCAGCCUACAAACCAGUGGUUCGUGACCUAGCUAAGUUGCUUGUAUUAUUAAACCGUACACCAGAUCAAAUAUACGAUGUGCCCAAUGAUUGGGAACGUUUAUCGAUGUGGGCCGAAAAAUUAUUGAAACGAUAUAAACGAAUGAGUGAUUCGUCGUCGACAACACAACAACAAGUUGCACAAUUAAUUAACUUUUUACAAACACCAAAUAAUAAUUUAAAUCAACAACAUCACCAGCGACAUAGUUCAAGUACAGAACCAAAUAGUCAGUUUACUACAUUAUCGACAUUUAAACCUGAUCAAAGUAUUGUUGGUUCACAAUUAAGUUUAAAAGAUGCCGUUGUACAAAAUUAUAAUAGUAGAUAUGUUGAUAAUAAUCAAAUGUUGGAGACUCCGCUAAAUCCAUCGUGGGAAUUCCCAAAUUAUUCAUUAGUUACAAUGGGAACAUUGAAUUGGUCUCGGAGUAAGGAUUAUUUAAACAAUGGUAAUUGGUUCGAUGAUGACUUUUUACAAUUAGGGUAUCGGCCACAAGAUGAAAUUACCACAGAAUUAUAGCGAUUUCGAUGAAUAAAAAUGUAAUUAUGUAAUUUUCGAUUUUCGAUUAAGAAUGAACUUUAAGUAAAGAGAAAUAACGGAUAUUAUUCGAAUUUUUAUAGUAUUUUUCUUUAAAAAUUUUUUGUUGUAUUUAAAAAUG